AUGGCAACCAUGCACGAGAUCUUCUCGGCCUACCAAUCCCGCCUCUCGGACCUUGAAGCAUCACAAUCCACUAACCCCUUUGCCAAGGGCAUCGCCUGGAUCCAGGGCCGCGUGUACCCGAUCCACGAAGCCCACAUCCCCAUGCUCGACCAAGGCUUCCUGCACAGCGACCUGACCUACGACGUGCCCUCGGUGUGGCAAGGCCGCUUUUUCCGCCUGGACGACCACCUUGCGCGGCUAGAGCGGUCGUGCGAAAAGAUGCGGCUUCGUGCGCCUCUGUCAAGACCGGCCAUCAAACGCACCCUCUGCGCCAUGCUCGCCCGGUCCGGCAUCCAGGAUGCGUUCGUCGAGCUCAUCGUCACGCGCGGUCUCACGGGCGUGAGAGGACUCAGUGCCGACGAGGUGGCCAAUUUGUCGAACAACCUGUACAUGUUCAUCGUGCCGUACGUGUGGGUGAUGAGUCCCGAAGUGCAGCUCGCGGGCAAUGGGAGUGCCGUCAUAGCGCGCACAGUCCACCGGACGCCACCCAACUGCAUGGACCCCACGAUCAAGAACCUCCAGUGGGGGGACCUUACUAGGGGGAUGUUCGAGGCCAACGACCGUGGCGCGGGAUACCCUUUUCUGACCGAUGUGGACGUGAGCGAGCCGAAGGGUGAGCGUCAAAGCGACGUCAACAUCACCGAAGGCUCAGGCUUCAACAUCGUCAUCAUCAAAGACAACACACUCUACACGCCGCGCAAGGGCGUCCUCGAGGGCGUCACCAGGCAGAGCGUCUUUGACUGUUGUACUCGGCUGGGCGUGCCGUAUGUGCUUGACAAGGUCCCCCUGCGGAUGGCUUACGAGGCGGACGAGAUCUUCAUGUGCACGACUGCGGGCGGAGUCAUGCCUAUCACGCAGUUAGAUGGGAAGGCCGUCGGGGAUGGGAAGGUCGGGCCCAUCACGACGCGGAUUUGGGAUGUGUAUUGGCGGUUGCAUUACGAGGAGGAGUUUAGCUUUGCUGUGGAUUAUGAGGAUGAGAGGGGCCUGGAAGGAUUUGAGAACGGGGAGGGAAAGGGGAUGAAUGGACUGACCAAGGCGGAGAGUAAGGGAGUGAAUGGCUUGAGUAACGGGGUUGGCAAGCAGGUGAAUGGGAUUACCAACGGAGAGGGUCACGCCAACGGCAAGCUCGUCGACGGGCCGGCGCAGUGA